UGCUCCUCGAAGCGGGUUUCCUGGAUCAAGACUGCCACUGUAGGAGCCACUGGCUUUUGGCGCCAAGAGCCGGACUCAAACCCCAUUUUGGGCGGCGACGAGCGCGGGAGCGGCGGGACAGGCGGGACAAGCGGGGUGAAAGUGAAGCCAUGCAGAAAUCGGAGUACCCUGGAGAUGUGCACUUGAGAAACAGAGCAACAGGUAAUUAUGAUCAAAGGACAUCCUCAAGUGCACAAAUAAAACACAGCACUACAGUUCAGCGGAGCAAAUCUUCCUCAUUAACCAGUUCUCCAGAGGCUGCAAGAAGGGUUCAUCCUCGGCCAAGUGAUAAACUCAACCCAAAAACAAUUAACCCCUUUGGUGAGCAGUCAAGAGCCCCCUCGGCAUUUGCAGCUAUCUACUCUAAAGGCGGCAUUCCUUGCAGAUUGGUACAUGGCUCAGUAAAACACAGAUUACAGUGGGAAUGUCCUCCUGAAAUUCUUCCAUUUGACCCGCUUCUAAUUACUUUAGCUGAGGGUCUAAGGGAGACAAAGCACCCUUAUACCUUUGUGUCCAAAGAAGGCUUUAGGGAAUUACUUCUGGUCAAGGGUGCUCCUGAAAAAGCUGUACCAUUGCUACCCAGACUCAUCCCUGUGCUGAAGGCAGCUCUGGUAAGUCAUUUAUUUCACUGGACUUUAUUAUUCCUAACUACACGAUACAGAUGAACACUCUGGUCCAAGAGAACACUGUCUGCUCCUCUGGUUUCUCAUCUGAUUUCUCUAUCAGUUACUCUUUCCAAGAGGCUAAUGGACAAAAAAUUCAAAGAACCCAUCACCAGUGCCUUGCAAAAGUUGGAGCAGCAUGGCGGGAGUGCAAGUCUUAUUGUCAUCAAAUCCAAAAUCCCAACAUAUUGCUCUAUCUGCUGUUGAAUAAGGGAGCCAGCAAAAGCCAUGCUGCUUUCUCAGACCCCAAAGGUGGCUUCAGUGGGCCUCUCCUGAGGACCCUGUCCAGUCCAGAGAACUCCUUGUGCAAGAUGUUUGUCAACAAAAAGCACAGGUGCUAAUGGAAAGCAAUUAAAGUACUCAUGAAAAAGUUGACUGCUGUGAGGCUUUCUCAUCUUGAUCAUCUGUGUGAAUUUACGGAUCUUAUCUAUGAGCAUAUUUUCCAAUGUAUUUUUAUUUAUAGCCAUUAUGAAGAUCACUUUGUAGCUGUGCACUUAUUUUAUAGGUUGGUUUUGGCCAUUUCUUGUUUUUUUAUAUUUAUCAAGACUGAAAGAAUUUAAGAUAGCAAGUAAACAUUUGUGACUUCUCUAUUAGAUGGGAUGUGCAAAUGUGUAUUUUAUAAUGUGGAAUGCUUGGGAACCUCUUUUCCUUCCUGAAUAUUCUAGUUUAAAAACCUUGUAAAUGUGAAAAUUCUAUUACAAGUAUAUUGUUUAUUACAACUUGUUAAAACCACCUAAGCUCUAAGUAAAUGUUAUUUUUACAUUUCAUAGGCUGAAAAUACUUAUGAUGUACAAUAUGCGAUAUUAAAUUAAAAUCUUAAAACUUAGAUGUA